CUCUUUCAAAGCAAAGGCUUGCUCCCCUCUCUGGCAUUUCUACGUUGUCUCAGGUACUUCAUUUAAGGAAACUUGGCCAGUCACUUGAAAGCCAAACCGACUGUUCCCUCAUGAGCAAUACCACGCACCCUCUGAUAUGUCUCUCCAGGUCUCAUCCCCAACGUUUCUCGGCCUAGAAGGCUGCCAUGUGUUUGUGACGGGCGCCUCUGGGGGAGUCGGUCGGGCUGUCAUCAACGAAUUUCUGGCCAACGGGUGCCGGGUCACCUCUUUUGAUAGGAACCCGUUGAACGUCGAGGCGAUAUCAAUUUCAGAGGAGCAGAAGACGAGACUUCAGCACGUUUUGGGCGAUUUGAGAGACGAAUCGUCCAUUGCGCAGGCUUUUGUAGAAGCCAGCACCAAGUUUGGCCCAGUCCAGAUCCUCAUUGCGAACGCUGGCAUCACAGACGAGAGUAGUCAUCCAGCGAUCUGGGAUAUUGACACAGAGAGAUGGGAUGCAGUCUACUCUGUCAAUGUCCGAGGAACUUUCCUGACCAUCAAACACUUUCUUCGCUCGGUUAAGCAAGCUCAAGACGCAUCGGGCCAGGAGCUAGACAAUGUCGCUAUUGUACUCACUGGCUCCGAAACAGGCGUUUUUGGUCAGGCUGGUCAUGCUGAAUAUGCAUCGGGCAAAGCAGGUCUUCAAUACGGACUCGUAAAAACGGUCAAGAACGAGAUCGUGAAGCUCAAUUCAAAAGGUCGUAUCAACGCUGUUGCGCCUGGAUGGAUCAACACCCCAUUGAUAGGGGACCGACUAGAUGACCCAAAGGAGAGAUGGGCAGAGGCAGAAGCGACAGUCUCUCUCCGCAAGAUUGCAGAGCCCAGUGAUGCAGCUCGUUGUAUGGCAUUUUUGGCAUCUCAUAGAGCUGCAGGCCAUAUCACAGGCCAGUGCAUAUCUGUAGAUGGAGGCCAGGAGGGUCGCUUACUAUGGAGAGAGACACAGGAUGAGCUUCACGCCAAGGCCACCAACGAUUCCCUGGCGGGUCGAGUGACCUUGACAAGCGCUACAAGUCUUCCUGAAAAGCGCCGCAGGUUGAGGAUUUGUCUCUCUGUUGACUUUGACGCGGUCUCGGGGCUGAUAGGAACGGGCCAUGUGCCAGAGAAUAAACUCGCUGACUAUUCAGCUGCCCACUUCGGUGGCAACGUCGGCGUUGAUAGGUUAUUGAGGGUGUUCAGGAAGCAUGGAAUCUCGCAACAUGUUUCCUGGUUCAUUCCAGGCCAUUCCAUGGAAAGCUACCCCCAACAGACCCAAGCCAUCGUUGCGAGCGGCGCAGAGAUUGGCCUUCAUGGGUACAGCCACGAGAGCGCAUACUCCUUGUCUGAGCAACAAGAGAGAGACAUACUUGUGAAGUGCAUCGAACUAGCCACUCCGCUUUGUCAGGGUAAGAGGCCUGUUGGGUAUCGAGCUCCCCUGUACGAGAUCAGGGAGUCAACAGUGCGCCUCCUGGAAGAACACGGGUUUCUCUACGACGCCAGCCUCAAUUCCCACGACAGCCUGCCUUACUUUCUCCCCAAGACAUUUGCCGAAGGCAAGCCGGCAAUUCCAGACUACAAUCAACCUGCUAGCACAUGGAUGAAGCCAAUAACAUUCACAGAGCAACCUGAGCCCGGAUCGCAGGAAGCGGAAGCGUCUUUAGUCGAGAUUCCCGGUAGCUGGUACACUGAAGAUGCUACCCCUCUAUGCUACUACCCACACUCGGCAACAACCCAAGGCUAUGUGAGUACGGAUGCCAUAGAGAAGAUGUGGCUGGACCGUUUUGAAUGGCUGUGGGAGAACGAAAGCUUUUUACAUGAAGGUCCUGGUGCUGGAUACGGAUCUAUCUUCCCACUCAUCCUGCAUCCUGAGUGCGCUGGGAGGACUCAUGUUAUUGGCAUGAUUGAAAGGUUCAUAUCCAAGCUCAAAGCAAAGGCGGGUAGUGCCAGUGAAGGGGAAAUCACCUUUGACUGUAUGGCAGAUGUAGCAAAGGCUUGGAAGACAAGGGCGGCUACACCAUAGGUAGUAACGUGACCUUGGAAUUUAC